GCCGCCAACGCCGCUGCCGCCGCCGGCUUGAUGCAGUAGCGGGGCCCGGGAGUCGCCGGGGGCCGCCGCGGGGCAGGGGGUGCCGCAGCCGGGCUUCGCUCCGCGCCCCCCGCCCGGGAGGGGCGCCGCGCCUGUCCCCCUCCUCCCCCUCCCCAACCCCCCCUUUCCAGGAGCCCCCCUCUCUCCUCGCCCACCUCCGCCGGGAGCGAGCGCCGCGGCUGUGCGGAAAAGCCAUGGGAGGCAAGACCUCGGCACCUGUUCAGCUGAAAUCAAGGGCUUACAGUAUACUGGGCACUCUGGCUUGGUGAUAGGAGCGAGCAAAAGGAAGGAGAAACAAGCAAGAAAAAGUGAGAGAGGAUUGGAGCGACUGCCGCUGCCGGGAAAAAAAAAAUAAAAACCCAAGGAAGAUAACUGGGAAGGAAAAGGAUUUUCAUGGCGCAGGCUGCAGAGCUAAGCAAGAAGACUGAAGGUUGCAUCUCUGCUCUUACAGUCUCUAACUGUCUAGGUCCAGAUAAUGAGAGAUUGUGUUGAGGAUGCUGCUGCUGCUCCCCUGUUCACUGUGGAAGCCAUCUCCAAAUUAGCCAUUACAUAUGGAAACUGGAGACCAGAAUUUUAGAAAAAGGGAUUAAGGCGUCUCAUUUUGGGGGGGGUUCUCUCUUUAUUUGUUUGUUUUUUCUUGGUUCUUUUCUCUCUUCUUUUUUUCUUUUUCCUUUUUUCUUUUUUUAUAUUUCAACCAGAACGUUUCCGAUUUAAAAGGCAAGCCUCUUCCCGUGUGGUCUUUCUAAUUUACACUCUUUUCCGUGGGCUUUCUUACCUCCCUUUUUUGAUAUCUAUCUCUCUCUCUAUACCCAUUAUAUUAUUAGUCGGAAUUAUUAUUCUUUUAUUUUAUUAAACACACACACCCCAAGAAUCAGAAGGCGGUUGGGUAUUUAUAUAAUGAAGAAUUAUGGGGCUCUUUGACAGAGGUGUUCAGAUGCUUUUAACCACCGUUGGUGCUUUCGCUGCCUUCAGCCUGAUGACCAUAGCUGUGGGGACCGACUACUGGCUUUACUCCAGAGGGGUUUGCAAGACUAAAACUGUCAGUGAGAACGAAACCAGCAAAAAGAACGAGGAAGUCAUGACCCAUUCUGGAUUAUGGAGAACCUGCUGCCUAGAAGGGAAUUUUAAAGGUCUGUGUAAGCAAAUCGAUCACUUCCCUGAGGAUGCAGAUUAUGAAGCCGAUACAGCAGAAUAUUUCCUCCGGGCUGUUAGAGCCUCUAGUAUUUUCCCGAUCCUGAGUGUGAUUCUGCUUUUCAUGGGUGGACUCUGCAUUGCAGCCAGCGAGUUCUACAAAACCCGACACAACAUCAUCCUUAGUGCCGGCAUCUUCUUCGUGUCUGCAGGUCUGAGUAAUAUAAUUGGCAUCAUUGUAUACAUAUCAGCCAACGCUGGAGACCCCUCCAAGAGUGACUCCAAGAAGAACAGCUACUCCUAUGGCUGGUCCUUCUAUUUCGGGGCCCUGUCCUUCAUUAUAGCCGAGAUGGUGGGAGUGCUGGCUGUCCACAUGUUCAUAGACCGGCACAAACAGCUGCGUGCCAACGCUCGUGCCACGGACUACCUCCAGUCCUCCGCCAUCACCCGCAUCCCCAGCUACCGGUACCGCUAUCAGAGACGCAGUCGCUCCAGCUCCCGCUCCACCGAGCCUUCACACUCCAGGGAUGCCUCUCCCGUCGGGAUCAAAGGGUUCAACACCCUGCCAUCAACAGAGAUCUCGAUGUACACCCUGACCAGGGACCCGCUGAAGGCAACCACCACCCCCACCGCCACCUACAACUCCGACAGGGAUAACAGUUUCCUCCAGGUUCACAACUGUAUCCAGAAAGAGAACAAGGACUCUAUCCACACCAACACAGCCAACCGCCGGACCACCCCGGUAUGAAGCCGUCGCCAGGAGCUGAAAAUGGGGCAGGAACGGGCAGGAGGAGAUGGG